AUGUCAUUGGAAGAACGUAGGCGCUAUAUAAGCGCUAUAAAAAGAGCUUCAACUGACCAGCGAUUUAGAAGAGAUUACGAAAACCUGAUCAAUAUGCAUCAAAGGCUUUUUUUCGAGUUAAUCCAUGAGGCACAGCAGUUUCUUCCUUGGCAUCGCUGGUUCAUACUCCAAUACGAAAAUCUUCUUCGGAGGGUCGAUUGUAAGGUUACUGUUGCCUUCUGGGAUUGGAGUCUUGAUUCCAACCCAUGGGACGCAUCAAACGAGCAGGAACUUUGGCACAGUGGUGACUCUGGGUUUGGUGGGAAUGGCCGGAGAGGCUGUGUGCAGGAUGGACCUUUCAGACAGGGUGUUUGGUCUGCCGUGUCACCUACUGGACGGAAGUGCUUAAACCGCGAAUUUAGGGGUAUUCCUCCCGACGCAGCCGCAGUGCGAGAAGUUAUUCUUCAGAAUAAUUUCGUGAACUUUGAAAGAGAACUCAGGGUUAACCUCCACGACCAAGUACAUUGUCUGAUUGGAGGUACCAUGUGCUCAAUUGAGUCUGCAUCUGCUCCGGAGUUCUUCCUUCAUCACGGUUUCAUCGAUAAAAUCUGGGAUGACAGGCAAAAGAGGACCAGGAACUACGCAUGGCGACAAGAAUCGCUGAUGGGUAGCGGAGGAGUCCAAGCCACAGCGGUGACCAAUCUCUCUCAACAACCAGGAGGCGUACGAGUUGAGUAUGAGGCGUCCCAGAGGGAAAACAGAAUAAUGAGUCGACUAAAAGGCAAGAGUAUCGAGCAAUUGCAUAACACAAAACGCAAGUCGUUUACUAACCUCCUGGGAGCGUCGCUCCGUCUGUUCCAAGUGAGCGCAGAAGAAGCCAAAAAGGCAAGGGAAGACGAGAAGAUACUUCAGCCUGUGAAUGCUGGUUAGGAAGA